AUGCAAAUCUCAGGUGGAGUAUUCGUAUACGGGAUGGAAGACUACGGAGAGAGAGUAUUAUUAUUAUUAUUAUUAUUAUUAUUAUUAUUAUUAUUAUUAUUAUUAUUAUUAUUAUUAUUAUUAUUAUUAUUAUUAUUAUUAUUAUUAUUAUUAUUAUUAUUAUUAUUAUUAUUAUUAUUAUUAUUAAAGUGUAAAGAUUAUUAUUAUGAAACCUUCGUAAAAAGCGUACUCGAAGAGCUACACGUACAAAAUCUUACCGAAUCUGUAGUGAAUAAAAGAAAAAUAGAGAAGAAUAAAAGAAUAAGUAAAUAA